AUGUAUCAACGUCAUUCUAAAUAUCAUCCCUUGUUACCACCCUUACUCCUACUCCCAAGUUUUCCACAAGCAUCGAUUAAUAGAAAACAAACACAGAUGGUAGUUGGAAUAGGUGACUUCCACCCCUACCCCUAUCCAAUAUCGAUUAAUAGAAAACAAACACAGAUGGUAGUUGGAAUAGAUUUUGGAAUAACAGAAAGUGGCUUCGCAUUUUGUCCUCGACCUUUAAAUAAUGAACAAAUAAAUGUUAAUACUAUUGAAAUAAAUUCUACAUGGGCUGGACAUUAUGGAAAUUUCAAGACUAAUACUGCAUUACAGUAUGACAGUAACUGGAAUGUCACGAAUUGGGUUAUCCAGCACUUUGGAAAACAAAAGUUUCAUUUAUUCGAUAUCCCCGAAGAUGAAAAGCCACUUUUACCGCCCGGAUUAAAUUAUCAGAAAGCAAUCGCGGAUUAUUUUCGUGAACUGGGAAAAUCGAUCAAAGCAAAAUUGGAGCAAAAUUGGCCACAACUUGAUUUCUACAAUGAUGUUGAAAUAGUAAUGACUGUGCCUGUGGACUUCUCUGGAAACGCAAAAACCAUUAUGCGAAUAUCGAAAGCAGCAGCGAUAUAUUGUCUACAUUACGUUAAUAAUUAUCAAUUAAGAGAUCACGAGCCGUAUAUGAUUGUGGACUGUGGAGGUGGUAUAGUGGAUUUAACAACACGAACGUUAUUGCCAGGAAAACAAAUCAGUGAAGUUACUAUGCGUACAGGGG